AUCUCUCCUACCAAACAUAGCUUAAAUGUCAUGGACUGGCAGUAGUGCAUUGCAUUCUUUCCCAUUCUCAUUCCGACAAUCAGAAAAAAAGAAAUCAUCUGUUAAGUUUAAGCUUCAGAAAUGGAGCACAACAACAUCAGAGCAGUGGGCUUGGAUUUCCUUACAAGGAAGCCUUAUUUGCCUCCUUCAUGGGCGAACCAUCUCACCCAAAUUCCCUCUCACGUCUUCUCUCUCGCCCAUGUUCCAACUCCAAUUCACAAGUGGAAUCUCCCUAAUUUGCCUAACAAUACAGAAGUCUGGUUGAAGCGUGAGGAUCUUUCUGGAAUGCAACUAAGUGGUAACAAAGCCAGGAAGUUGGAAUUCUUGAUGGCAGAUGCUGUUGCACAAGGUGCUGAUUGUAUCAUAACAAUAGGAGGAGUCCAAAGCAGCCAUUGCCGUGCUACUGCUGUGGCUGCGAGAUAUCUGAAUCUCGAUUGUUAUCUUAUACUACGCACCUCUGAGGUUCUUGUAGACCAAGAUCCAGGACUGACGGGCAAUCUCCUGGUUGGGCGGUUAGUUGGAGCUCAUGUCGAACUAAUUUCUGUAGAAGAAUAUGCGAAAAUUGGGAGUGUGGCUCUUACUAAUCACCUAAAAGAAAAACUGCUAAGUGAAGGGAGAAGGCCAUAUGUCAUUCCUGCUGGUGGAUCAAACUCUUUGGGAACCUGGGGCUACAUUGAAGCAAUUCGAGAGAUUGAGCAGCAAAUUCAGACUACCAAACAAAAAUUUGACGAUAUUGUUGUAGCAUGUGGCAGCGGUGGUACAAUUGCCGGACUCGCGUUGGGUUCAUCAUUGAGUUCUUUGAAGGCAAAAGUUCACUCAUUCUUUCCUCGCCGUGACCCAAAUUACUUCUAUGACUUUAUCCAAGGCCUAUUUGAUGGUCUCGAAGCCGGUGUUACCGUGCGCGACAUUGUUAACAUUCAAAAUGAAAAAGAUCUAGGCUAUUCAGUAGACACCUUUGAGCAGCUUAAAUUUAUUAAGGACAUUGCUGCAGCUACUGGUGUUGUUCUUGACCCUGUUUUCAGUGGGAAAGCUGGUUAUGGACUGUGGAAGGACAUGACUGAGAAUCCAAAGAAGUGGGAAGGGAGAAAGAUCCUCUUCAUACACACAGGUGGUCUGCUGGGGUUGUACGACUAUGUUGAGCAGAUGGCUUCAUUGGUGGGAAAUUGGCGUCGAAUGGACAUCCAUGAAUAUGUUAAUGUUCCCUAGAAAGAAAUAUGUUCCAUCCAAGUCUUCAAAGUGAAUGUUGUUGCCUACAAAAGGAGACGAUUUCUUGCUCAUAUUAUUAAGGAGAUUCGUACUGUACAUGCAUGAAUA